AUGGCCAAUGGCGGCACGCGCUUGGAGGGCCGAGCAGGGUCAACUACCCAAUCAGGCAUCUCUCAUCCGGGGCUAGCCAGCAGACCAGCAUACUACCGGGAUGCCGCCGCGGGCCCCCAAUCUUGCUUUCUCUCUCUCACUCUCUCUCAAGUCUCUCUUCUCGUGUGUACCGCAGUACUUUCUCUCUCUCUCUUGGCGACAGACCGCAACUGUGGAAAAACACGACUCCAGAAGCAUGGCGUCUGCAACUUUGCUUGCCUGGCCCCCCUGGUCGUACCUUUUUUCCAGCCACCGACCCCCAAAAAAGAGGCUUCCCACUUUCAAUUCCCGGGUUCCCUCCUCACCCUGUCCUCACCCCCGGUCCUGGCAACAUCUUGCACUUGUUUGGCGCAAGGCGGUGUGGGAACCCAUGAGGCGGAGACAGUCUCACUCACUCCCGCGCUGUCGUUGGCAUGUUCCCCCCGCGUUUGCUGCUUGACCGUUCCUGGCCUCCUGAUCCGGCUUCCAAUGCCUGCUGCUGCUAAUGCGCUGCUGGCAUCUAGAAUGGAGCACAACCAGGAACCCGGAGCUCUGCUUGCCCAGCACUGCGGGAGCGCCGUCAUCGAUACGUUCGUUUCGUCCCCCAAAACCAGCUCAGAGAAGAUGAUGGGGGACGCGUUCUGGCUGUCUUCACCCUCGUCGUUCAACGUUGGUUUGGACUCUCCACAACUAGCGGCAGCACAAGUCACCCUCGCCGCCCUUGCCCCCUGGUGGGAACAAUGGCAAACGAUUGUACUGUGGUCUGCAGGCCUUUUGCCCAUCUUCUCCUCCUUGCCGGCGCGCGGGUCGAAACAAGAACAACCGGCCAUGACAGACGUUGCCUCUCUUGCCAAUCAUCCACCAGAUUCCCGAUUUCCGCCCCCUAUCAAUGCGCAAUCGAUGGGGAGAGUGAACUCAGAACUCGCGCAGAUGUUCCCUCCAACAGCAGCCGAUUCCGAAUCAUUCUGGCAAACGAACAGAGUGAUGAAUGCAUCGGCUAGCCACCCGUCAUUGGGGAAAGCUGAUGGCAGCCCCCACCAAGAACAUCUCCACAAUCGUCACCUCAUCUUCAUCUUGCUUUUGCCAGGGAAAGGCCCGUCAGAGCAGUACACCACUACGAAUACCUCGACUCGAAAGGAGCUCGUGACACUCCCGUCUUCAAAGUCCACGCAUCUAGACAGGCCCGGGAAGCCGUUGGCCGCCGUUUUGCCCUGCGUGGUGUCCCUCAUUUCCAACGAACCAGCCACCUCUUGGCUUGGUGCCUGCGCCAUCGAGUCUCGCCUUGUCACCACCACCUCCAUUCAGCACAAGGCAAAUCCAAAAGUCAGCAACAAGAGGAAUGUCGCGAUUGCUGCGGCUCGCAAGGGGUGCGCGCCAGAGAGGCAACAGGCUGCACCUCCGCGUGAGACCCCGCACUCACCCUGCCCUGCCCUGCCCAACCCCGGCUGGUUUGGUCUGGCUGCCCACGCCUGUCCCCUCACCCUCUCUCCAACUUUCCUCUCCCCCAACUUCGACGAGCGAAAAUGA